AUGCAAUUUUUUUAGAAAAGAUUUGAAUUUUCUUCUUUAUGUGCCUUUUGUCUGGUUUGAGUAAUUAAUUAGUAGGCCACUAUAUAUGCUGGUGGACUAGAAGCUCUAACUGUGCGAUUACAGGAAUCAAAUGAGUUUCUUGCUGGAGGAAAGGGGUAUAUUCAUCUUAAAAAAGUGGAAAAGAAGCUAAGAAUGAGACAGCAGUAUAUGGUGUCACAAGUUGCAUUGCUCUAUCCUGUAAAAAUCUCUGCAGGAGCUACACAGGACCAGGAGCUUGAAUCAUUUCCUAACAGUAGCAAAUUAGGGCUUUCUGCUGGAUCUAAGCCUGUGAAUCAUGGAUUUUUGACAAUUUUGGGUCUGCAGUUGACAAUGAUUCCUUUUAAAACGAUGUCUCUUUUCUCAGACAAGAAAGAGGCUCAGAAGACUUCAAGUGCUCUGGGAUAUGUUGGUCAUGCUGUUCUACUUAUAGCUUCGUACUUGAAAGUUCCACUACCGCGCUUUGGUGGCUCUCGUUCAUAUAUUACUGAGACAUUGUAUUGA